CUCGGAAUACUUAAGAAAAGAUGUCCUUUAGAGUAGUCUCUUCUAAAUUUAAAAUUUGUAAUUUUUUUUUUUCGUGCACUUUGCUUUUAAAUUACCAAGUUUCUGAGAUUCUCUAAAAGAUCAUCCUCUCGUGUGAGACUGCGGUACAGCCAAAGACAUCCAGUUAAGCCUUUCUUUCUUCUUUUCAUUUUUCAAAAAACCAAAAGCAACUUGGAAAAUGCAAGUAAAGAAACGAUCCUCUCAAUGAAAUGUAAUUAAAGAAACUGCAGGAAAGAAUCCUAAAGAAAAUUCAGGCUUCGCUGGGAUUCUUACCAAGAUACUAACUGGGCGCGUCACCACCAACUGAGUUACAAAGCAACAUGUUAGCCUGCAGUGCAGGCGUUUUAUCCUCCCCCACCCCUACCCCUCUCCUUAUUUUUGACCGUCGGCAGCCCCCUUGGUACAAAUUUCUUUCUCUCCCCAGCCUUCCGUUGCCAUUAAAAUCAAAGAUGGCGGCCAUAAGUUUCGUUAAGAAGACACUGAACACUCGCCAAAAUUACGCCUGCUCUGCAGGCUAACCAAAUGUAGAAAGUAAAGCAAAUUUUAAUGAGAACUUCUUUCUCAGAGAGAGAUCUGCUCACAAUUAAAUCAAAUUAAUUCAUAGUUUAAUUUUGAUCAUUUUUGAAGAUACCACUAAUGCUAUAUAUUUUUUUUCGACAGUUUGAACCGAUAAACAUAAAGAUGUCUAAAGCUAAGCGUGUCUGUGUGAUCGGUGCAGGUCCCAGUGGUAUGUCAGUAUUGUUUCACUUCAAUAAAUUGAAAGAACAAGGCAAAGAAAUUCCUGAAAUUGUGUGCUUCGACAAGCAGUCAGAUUGGGGAGGGCUCUGGAAAUACUCCUGGGAAACUGGUAAGUACAUAGUUUUCAGGGGCGCGUCGACACACUCUUUUACAUAGCCUAUGUAUCUAUUCAUUUGAUCUUGUUAUGUCCUUCUGGUAAAAAAUAGCAUUUCCUUAGUGUAGAUGAGGUUUAGCCACUUGGAGGAGGUGCCAACUGUGUAAUACGUUCUUUUUGUUUUCUUCUUUAAUGUGCAGCGUCGACAUCGCACCUAAAAUAACGCCACUAGGAAUGUGGAAAAUGAGUGUGGGACAAUAUGAGCUGAUCAGUGCUUCUGAGUUAAGGGGAAGGCAGAGAACAUAAAAAAACAUGUUUUUUUGCGACAUCUUAGAGUCGAUUUGAAAAGCGGACUUGGUAGACCAUUUGUAUGCAUACUGAGAAAAAAAAGGUUAAAGCAAACAAUUAUUUGAAUUGAAGAAAAAUGAACACAACUGUAUGAUUUAAUUCUUUUUUGUUAUUGUUGUUUUCAGGUAUCGAUCAGUUUGGUGAACCCGUCCAUGGAAGUAUGUACCGAGGCCUCUGGUCGAAUGGUCCGAAGGAGGCUUUAGAGUUUCCAGACUACACGUUCGAAGAUCAUUUCAAAAAGGCAAUUCCAUCCUUCCCACCCAGAGCGGUUCUCUUUGAUUAUCUACAAGGUAAGUAAUCUUUCCAUCUCAACAAGUUACCUAAUGGUUAGGCUCUGCUCCUGAUUUCGAUCACGCUUAUUCAUUUAUUUAUUAAUUUUUUUUUUCAUUGUUGUGACUGGUUUUCCCAAUUCCGUGACGAAAAAGAGUUAUAAAGCAGGCCUAUCUUUUAAGAGCAAAAGUAGCUGUAGACAAGCGAUGUAGAGGUUAUCGAAUUAACACACAGCUAUUGGCGCGUAACUUAACAAUUUUUCUGUUACUGAAUCUUUUAUCAGGUCGUUGGACUAAAGGCGAUCUUCGACACUGGAUUCGUUUCAAUCAUGCCGUCCGCCAGGUGACCUACAAUGAUGACACUGACGACUUUUCAGUGGUUGUCAAAAGCCUUGGCGAGGACAAAGACCUUCCUGUUCAGAAGUUUGACUACCUUAUUGUAGCGACUGGUCACUUCUCUGUGCCGCACGUUCCCUCUUUUCCAGGAAUAGAGGAGUUUCCUGGUCGCGUGAUGCACUCGCACGACUUCCGAAAUGCCUAUCAGUUCCAAGGCCAGACGCUCCUCGUUGUCGGCUCCAGCUAUUCUGCUGAGGAUAUCGCUUUGCAAAACCUCAAAUAUGGCGCUAAGAAGAUCAUUUGCUCCUACAAGACCAGGCCGAUGGGCUUCAAGUGGCCCACUGAGAUCACUGAGAGACCACUUGUAACAAAGAUCGUGGGCAAAACUGUCCACUUCAAGGAUGGUACCACUGCCGAUGUGGACGCCAUCAUUUUGUGCACCGGCUACUACUUCCACUUUCCGUUCCUUGAAGAGCGCCUCCGACUGAAGGCCAGGAAUAUCUUGUACCCUGCCGGGAUGUACAAGAAUGUGCUGUGGACCGAGGCUGGCAACAACAAGUUUUUCUACAUUGGAAUGCAGGACCAGUACUACACUUACACCAUGUUCGACGCGCAAGCCAAGUGGACCGUGAACUGCAUCACAGGGGAGCUCAAACUCCCUGACAAGGAAGCCAUGAAGAAGGACAUUGAGAAAUGGAUCGCAAAGUAA